AGCUGCAGCUGCAGCUGCGACGCACUGCACGGUUCCUUCUUCCACCAGCUACAAACGCAGAUACCACUUUAUUUACGCAGUGCGCUGGUAUAAUAAACUACACACAAAGUAUCCCAACCAAGGCAGAAGAAAUGGAUAAUAAUUUAUCAGAGUCUGUGUCUGAGCGGACCUUUCAGUACCAAAGCAGUUUGCCUCCGCUGCCUGUCCCAUCACUGGAAAGCACCCUGAACAAGUACCUGGAUGCAGUUCGCCCAUUUGGAUCUGAGCAGGAAUGUGAAGCUACAGUAGCGAUUGUGAGGAAAUUCCAGGAGGGCAUUGGUCCAGAGCUCCAUCAGAAACUACUGCAGAGAGCCAAGAAAAAGAGGAACUGGUUGGAAGAAUGGUGGUUAGACACAGCGUACCUGGAGGUCCGCAUCCCUUCUCAGUUGAAUGUGAACUUCGGUGGCCCUGCACCUUACCUGGAGCACUACUGGCCACCUGCAGAGGGAACCUCUCUGCUGCGGGCCAGUAUAGCCACAUGGCACACGCUGCAGUACUGGAAACUAAUCCACACAGAGAGUAUGCCUCCACAGAAACAUGGCAAAACCCCAAUGGAUAUGGACCAGUUCAGAAUGCUCUUCUGUACCUGUAAAGUACCUGGAGUGAAGAAGGACACAAUUCGCAACUACUUCAAGACAAGAAGUGAGGGUCCGUGCCCUUCCCACGUGGUGGUGCUGUGUCGUGGACGGAUAUUUACAUUUGAUGCCCUUUGUGAUGGACAAAUCCUCACUCCUCCAGAAAUUCACAGGCAGCUGAGCUUUGUGAAAGAGUGCUGUGAGAGAGAGCCAGAGGGAGACGGAGUGGCUGCUCUUACCUCAGAGGAGCGGACUCGCUGGGCAAAGGCAAGAGAACAUCUAAUAAGCAUCGAUCCACACAAUGAGACAAUCCUGGAGACAAUUCAGAGCAGCCUGUUUGUCCUAUCACUGGAUGACACAAAACCCCACUCUUCCCCCGAGAACUACACAAAUCUGACUUCAGAAGCCCUAAAAGGCAACCCAAUCAUCCGCUGGGGGGACAAAUCAUACAAUUCAAUCGUGUUCUCAAAUGGCACUUUUGGAUCCACUUGUGAUCAUUCCCCAUAUGAUGCUAUGGUGCUGGUGUCUUUGUGCUGGUAUAUUGACCAGAAGAUCAGCGCUACAGAGGGCAAAUGGAAGGGCUCAGACACAGUUAGGCAAAUACCCCCUCCUGAGGAGCUGUUAUUUACUGUGGAUGAAAAAGCCUGCAGUGACAUCAGUCAUGCCAAACAGCAGUUUCUGGAGUCGGCACAAAACCUUCAGAUUGUGUGCUACGCCUUCACAGCCUUUGGAAAAACAGCCAUCAAGCAGAAGAAACUGCAUCCAGACACGUUUGUUCAACUGGCAAUGCAGCUUGCCUUCUACAAACUCCACAAGAAGCCAGGAAGCUGUUAUGAGACAGCGAUGACACGCAGGUUCUAUCAUGGCAGAACAGAGACCAUGCGACCCUGCUCGCAGGAGGCUGUGGACGGGUGCAAAGCCAUGGUGGACCCCAUGUGUGAUAUGAAUGCAAGGAAAAAAGCUCUGCAGCUGGCCUUUAAUAAGCACAACAAACUGAUGUCUGAGGCUCAAGAGGGAAACGGUUUUGACAGGCAUCUUCUCGGGCUGUAUCUCAUUGCCAGAGAAGAGGGACGUCCCACUCCAGAGCUGUUCACUGAUCCCCUCUACGCAAGAAGUGGUGGCGGUGGAAACUUUGUGUUGUCGUCCAGUCUGGUGGGCUACACCACAGUUUUGGGGGCAGUGGCGCCGAUGGUGCCACAUGGUUACGGCUUCUUUUACCGCAUCAGAGAUGACAGGAUUGUGAUCUCCAUCACAGCUUGGAAAUCUUGCCAUGAAACAGAUGCUGCAUCGCUGUUUAAUCAUUUCUCUAGCUCCAUGCACGAGAUGCUCCAUCUGUUCACCAUGUCUCAGCUAUGAACACUUAAAACAGAGGGGGCUGUCUGCAUUUAUCUUUCACCUUUCUGUUCCUAAGUGAAUAUUAAUGCUCACGAAGUCCAAGACUGGACGUGUAUAGACAGCUAAAUUAGCACAAAUCAAUGCAAAAGUGCACAAUCUGUGCCACUGGUUUUAAAUUAGCUCUUUGUUUUGUUUUGUUAACCUAAACAAAAUGUGUUAAAUUUGUUAAAUUGUUCUUUUGUGUGUGUGAAUUAUGUCGAAUUGAUUUUAUUGAGUACAAAAAUUUAAUUCCAGACAGUAUUAAUCACAUUCAAGCUAAAUUCAGAAGUUUAUCUAGUGGAUAAAAACUAUUCAAAAGUAUACUUCUACAUGCUUGAUUGUUGGUCUUGAUUUUGUGAAAAGCUUUUCCACUAUAACUGUUAACUGCAAAUUAAAUGGAGAUCAGAUAUUUUGAAUUGAUCUCCCUGUUCAGGUGAAUUCUAUUGAAAUAUGCAACCUGAUCAGUUGUAUUUUCACGGUGCACUGCAUCUGAGCAAGUUAAUAGAUGAAGUGCUUGCUUGUCCAAAAAAAAAAAAAAAAUAAUAAUAAUUUUCUUUUACAUUUUUUUUUUUAAAUGAGCUUAAAGUCUGACUUAUAGUAUUAAACCCUGUUCAAAAAUCAAUAGAACUACCUAUUUAGAGUUUUUGUUCAUAACAAUGAUCAGUUUGUGUCUUAUAAUGUCCAGGAAUUCCACACAUUUGCCUUAUUUAUCUGUGACUAUACUGUACAAAUGAUAACUACCCUUUUCCAAAUGCUCAGUCAGCUAUACAGCUGCUGACCCUCAACUCAGCUCAAACACAUCAGCUCAACUGUGUUUUAACUGUGUUUGCCUUAAAGGUUAUUGCACAUUAAAACUUUGCUGUGUCAAAAGUCAAAAUUGUGUGUUUUCGGACAUUUGAGUCUGGCAUUUGUACACCACAGUGCUUAAAGCAGAAAUGCUCAAGCAGGGCAGCAUUUCACUCACAUUUCUUUGCAUUUAAAAGAAAAACAAGCUACGCAGACAUAUUUACAGAGUUUAAAGCUUAAUUUUUCCCUUUAUAGAAAAACUAGACCAACUUUGAAAGUAACGCUUUUAAAACUGGGUUGUUUUUAUAGUUUGUGGAGGUGCUGCACACACUAGUGGGUAAUUUCGGUAGCUCCAUAAGAACAAAUGAACUGUUGCUACUAUUUGUUGUAUUCACUGAACCGAAACCUUAUAAGUUUGGUUGACAUCUUAGAUGAAAGGCAGCUGAAUGCCCCUUUGGCUUUUUAAAAGAUGACUGCACUAACAUUUCCUUGAUGAAUAGAAAUUGCAACUUUCCUUCUCUUCCGUUCUUGAAGCCUUAUGAUGAAACCAUCCUCAAAGUUUUGUGUAAAUGUAAAAAUGUCACUAAGAUUGCACUAAUUGUUCACAUUGAGGAGAAAUGAUAGAGGAUUAUUUGUGUAAUGUGUUAUAAUGUAAUAUGUUCUGACUGAACGAACAAAUAAACAACAUAGAUUCAUAAACUGUA